AUGAGUUCAACACAACAAAAUGAUAAUACUAUUCACAAUGUGACAGAUAAGAAGGAAGAGCUCACUCCAGCAGAAGUAUUGCGUGAAAUGUGGGAGAUGAUGCUUCAGAUGAAGGAGGAAUUACAAGACGUGAGGAUAGAAGUAGCAUCAAUUAGGUCUGAUAACGGACAGCGUCAUCAGCAGCCUUCCGUACUUGGAAGCGCUUCGGCAGAAGCAUUUAGGAGUGUCAUGCUUGAACGCAUCAAGAGUCAAUUCCAGCCUCACAUGCCAGUAUCACGUGGUUCAGCUCUGGGAGCACGAGAUCGCCGUAUGUCCUACGGUGAAAUCGCUCGUGAUGACGCGAGACAUAGAGAACAGCAGUUUCAAGCGUAUAGUGAGCAACAAGAAGCACAGGGAAUGCAUGCAUUCCCACCACAGCAUCAACAGCAGCAAUUCGGCCCAAGGAUUCCUACAUUGAAGCAAAGGCUUGAUUCCCCCUUUCGAGGAUAA